CAGGUCGGCACCUGCCAAAGCUUCCCGGGCUAAGGGGUUCGGGUGCGGACUCUAUCUUCCACCACGACGGAGCUCCCCCCAGUUGUCCAAGCUAGUGUGGCCGGCGUGGGGGAGGCGGGGCGGUGCCCCUGCUGCAGCUGCCGCCGCCGCUGUCGCGGCUGCUCCUGCUCCCCCUGCCCGAGGUAAAGAGAGUCACCGCCGCCGUCUCAGCACCAGCACAGCAGGAAAACUACGGCGGAGACCCAAGGCUGCUUUAACAGCAACGGCUCCUGUGGAGGGGAGGGAACGGCGACUGGGAAGAGGAAAGAAGCGCUUCGUGCUGAUUAAUGGGUUGCUAACUCCUUCGAAUUUUUAUAGGGAAAUGAUGACAGGGAAGGAAAGGAGCAGAUGAGGAGAUGAAUGACGCUUCCAGGCCUGGGGGUCCGACAAGAAAGAGUAUCUUCUGUCUGAGCCCAGCCGAUGUCCAGGAGUGACCCAACCAGGAAAGAGAACCACUUUGUAUUUUUCUUUGCUUCAUGGAUGUUAUGGCCAAAAAAUUUGAUCAUUGAGUGGACAGCCUACUGAUGACAAGUCUCUUCAUAAGUCAUUUGGGGCCAAAACUGUAUAUUAAACAACAUUAAAGAAAACCAUCUACUGUGUACUCUUCCAAAGUCAGGAGUUGAAAGACAAGAGGCAAGUUGUCUCUGUGGCACAGAAUGACUAUGGAUUCAAGUGUACGUUCUGCAUUGUUGCUGCUGGGGGCCAUUGCAGGUUACCUUUGUGAGCAGUGCAGGGAUGGAGGAACCUACUCAAAUGCAGUUAUUUCCCCGAACCUGGAAACCACCAAAAUCCUGCGGGUUCCUGAGGCCAGUUCUCUGGCUGCCUGUACAGCCGCCUGCUGUGAUUUGCCCAGCUGUGACUUGGCCUGGUUGGUUGAAGGUCGGUGCUAUGUUGUGAACUGCCAGCACCAGGACAGCUGUGAGCCCAAGACAAUAGACCCCGUGAAGUCCUACCUUACGUUUGUGCUGCGGCCAGCUCGGAGGCCGCCCUCCUUACUGGGAUAUGGACAGAUGAUGCCUAACAGGGGUCAUCCUGUGGCGAUUUCAGGAGGCCCCUGGGAGGAGGGCGGCAGACUAAGAGACCUACCCUUCUUGGGGAAGGGCCCUAGCUUAGAGGAGCUACCCGAGUACACAGAUGACUACAGGGAGAUGGAACAGGACUCCUUCCAGUCCAGUGGCAAGCAGGUGCCAAAGGGUGGUAUGGACUACACAGACUGGGGACUGCUGCCAAGCAAUGAAGGUCUCUUCAAUUCCUCUGUGGGAAACGACCACUCUCUGGCAGAGAAAGAGAAUAGGAACGCCAAGCUAGAUCACCUGGCAAGGGGAAAUGAGUCAGAGUGGGCCACUCUCCUGGAUCGCUUUGCUGAGGGAAGAUUGUCAACAUCCCUGGAGAAGAUCCCAUUGUCUGGAAAGGCACAGGAAAAGGAGGAAGCCUUUCAGCCUCCUGGGCAGGCUAGCAACAGCUCUGGAGAAGAGGAGGUUCUAAUGCCUUCCCAUAAUCCUCCUUCAGCCAACCUGGAGUUCACUCCAACCACCAUGGAGAAAAGCCCAAUUCUAACAGUAACCCAGCACAACUCAGAUCAUGGGAUUGAAGUGUUUCCUACUGACACUGGCCCUUCUCAGUCCAUCUUAACUGAGCAACUCACAUCUCCUUCUAUUGCUCCAAGCACAGUCAAAGAACUGGAGGUGUAUGCUGGAGACAACGUACUGAUCACUUUACCCCAGAAUGACAUUGAACUGAAGGCCUUUGUUGUGCCAGCACCCCCUUCAGAAACAAGUUACAACUAUGAAUGGAGUUUGAUAAGGCACCCUGUGGACUAUCAAGGUGAAAUUGAACAAAAAUACAUGCAAACUCUUAACCUCUCUCAGUUGUCUAUAGGCCUCUAUUGCUUCAAAGUGACUGUUUCUGGUGAAAAUGCUUUUGGAGAAGGAUUUGUAAAUGUCACUGUUAAGCCAGCGAGAACCAAUCAGGCCCCAGUAGCAGUUGCUUCUCCCCAAGUACAGGAGAUUUCCUUGCCCACUACUUCGACCUUCAUUGAUGGCAGUCACAGUACAGAUGACGCUAAAAUCGUGAGCUACCACUGGGAAGAAAUUAAAGGACCCUUAAGAGAACAGAAGGCAUCAGCUGACUCCCCAGUCUUGCAUUUAUCUAAUCUUGUUCCUGGCAAUUAUACUUUCAGGUUAACAGUAAUAGAUUCAGAUGGAGCUGCCAACUCUACCACUGCCUUACUAAUAGUUAACAAGCCUGUGGACCAUCCACCUCUUGCCAAUGCAGGACCAAACCAGGUGAUAACUUUACCACAAAAUUUCAUCACCCUCAAUGGAAACCGGAGCAGCGAUGACCACCAGAUUGUCAGCUAUGAGUGGUCUCUGAGCCAGCACAGUAAAAGUAAAGUAGUAGCCAUGCAGGGAGUGAGGACGCCAUACCUCCAGUUGUCUGCAAUGCAGGAAGGAGAUUAUACAUUUCAGCUGAUGAUCACAGAUUCAUCCAGACAGCAAUCCACUGCUGAGGUCACUGUGAUUGUCCAGCCUGAAAACAACAGUCCCCCAGUAGCUGUGGCUGGCCCAGACAAAGAGCUGAUCUUCCCAGUGGAAAGCAUGGUCCUUGAUGGAAGUAGAAGCACUGAUGACCAAGGCAUCAUUUUCUAUCACUGGGAAAAUAUCAGUGGUCCAAGUGCUGUGGAGAUGGAAAACAUUGACAAAGCUGUAGCCACAGUCACUGGACUGCAGGUUGGCACCUACCACUUCCGAUUGACGGUGAAAGACCGCCAGGGCUUGAGCAGCGUGGCCACCCUCUCCGUGGCUGUCAGGGAGGAAAACAACAGUCCUCCUAGAGCCCGGGCCGGUGGCAGACAUGUUCUUAUUCUUCCCAAUAACUCCAUUACUCUGGAUGGUUCAAGGUCUACCGAUGACCAAGGGAUCAUAUCUUAUCUGUGGAUCCGGGAUGGUCAAAGUCCAGCAGCUGGAGAUGUAAUCCACAGCUCUGACCACAGUGCAUCUCUGCAGCUCAUCAAUCUAGUGGAAGGAAUCUAUACUUUCCAUUUGAAAGUCACAGACCUCCAAGGAGACUCUGACAUUGACACUGCUACAGUGGAAGUGAGGCCUGACCCUAAAAAGACAGGCCUAGUAGAGCUAAUAUUGCAGGUGGAAGUUGGACAACUGACUGAGCUGCAGAAGGACAUGCUUGUGAGGCAGCUGGCAGUGCUGCUCAAUGUACUGGACUCUGAUAUCAAGAUACAGAAGAUCCAGGCUCAUUCUGAUAUCAGCACUGUGAUCAUAUUCUAUGUGCAGAAUGGGCAGCCUCUCAGAGUCAUCCAGGCUGUCGAGGUGGCCCGGACUUUGCAUGCUCAGCUCUUAAAGGAAAAAGCAGACUUCUUACUUUUUAAGGUUCUGCGAGUCGACACAGAAGUUUGCCAUUUGAAAUGUUCUGGCCAUGGUCACUGCGAUCCCAUUACCAAGCGCUGCAUCUGCUACCAGUUGUGGAUGGAAAACUUGAUCCAUCGCUACUUCAGUGAUGGAGAAAGCAACUGUGAAUGGAGUAUAUUCUACGUGACCCUGCUGGCUUUUACUCUGAUCGUGAUAGUGGUGGGUUUCACUUGGCUCUGUAUCUGCUGCUGCAAAAGACAGAAAAGGACUAAAAUAAGAAAAAAAACAAAAUAUACCAUCCUGGAUAAUAUCGAUGAUCAAGAAAGACUGGAGCUAAGACCAAAAUUUGGAAUUAAACACCGGAGCAUAGACCAGAACUCCAGUCUGAUGGUAUCAGAGUCUGAAUUUGAGAGUGACCAAGACACAAUCUUCAGCCGAGAGCUUGGAAUGGAAAAUUCGAAGAACUCUGUGUUUGGAUCCAUCAAAAAUGGAAUUACCUUCAGUUAUUCCUCCAAGGACAGAUAGUUAAGCUGUUUUCAAGUGAGAGGAAAUACUAAGUUGCCACAAAAACAAUGAGUUGAAACUUCCCCCAACAUUUUUUUUGUUUUCAAAAGCAAAAUCUUCUUGUACAAUAGGAGACAGAGAUAAGUUUGUCCAUCAUAGUUCAGAGGAGGUUAGAACAAAAAACUAACUCUUGUUAAAAUAGGAACAGGAAUUCUAUCUAGCACAUAUAACUCUUCCUACAUUGUGCUGAGUAUAUAGUUCCACAUUUUAAAGACUUAUUGGUUGGGAAUUUUGAUACCAAAAAUCACUACUUAGGGUGGUUAUUAAUAGGAAGAAGGAUAACAUUAAGCUGUAAGGUAUAUACAAUUUGUGCUUCACAGUUGGUUUUCCGUUAUUAAAAGGAGCUCUAUACAAAGUUGCUACAACAGUGUUUUAAGGCUUUAUAUAAAAUAGCCCAUAAAGCUUAACACGUGAUUAUAGGCGCCAUCUUCAGAAGUAUAGCUUUUUCAAGUUAAAUAAAAGCAAGCAGUGUAAAGCAGACUUUCUUUCUUUCUUUUUUUUUUUUUAACUUGGCAAUAUGUUGUCUAUGGUAGCACAUAUUAGAUUUGAUUGUAAGGCCAAAGGCAGACUAAGGCAUUACCCCAUCUGAGGAUUUCCAGGCCCCAGAGAGAAGCAACAUUCUCCCUGCCCCCAACCACACUGAUAUUUUUAUGUGCCCCUAAAUUAUUUUUGAGGCCUGAUUAAUAGUAUAAACAAAGCAAGAUAUCAAUGAAUAGAGAGGAGUGGGAAGGGAGAUGGAAUUUAAAUCUUGUUGGUUGGAAACUUAGAAUGUCACAGUUCAGGGAGGGAAAAAGUAUAUCUGCUUUAGAUCUUGAUGCAGUUUCCAUUUCCUACAUGAUUUUCUACACUUUCAGACUGAGAGAGUCAUUAAAAAGCAU